AUGGACUGCAAACUUGCCAUCAGCUCCAUGUCUCUGGCGCGCUGCUUUGCCGGUCACAGCUUCGAGCACAAGCUCGACAUGGCGCACAAGUACGGCUAUCUCGGCAUCGAGGUCUUCUACGAGGACCUGGUCGACGUCGCCCACACGCUCGACAAGAACGCCACCAACAACGCCGGUGACGCCGCCACCCCGUCGGCCGAGAGCCACCUGGCGGCCGCCCGCUGGAUCCGGGCGCAGUGCCAGCAGCGCGACCUGGCCGUCGUCAGCCUGCAGCCGUUUAUGCACUACGAGGGCCUGCGGGACCGGGCGGAGCACGCACGGCGGAUCGAGGAGUGGCGGCUGUGGCUGGACAUGGCACAGGCGCUGGGCACGGACCUGGUCCUCGUGCCGUCGACGUUUUUGCCGGCGGACCAGCUGCUGGCGGGCGGUGGCGUCCAGGGCCGCGCGGCCGACCUGGCGGAGCUGGCCGACCUGGCGGCGGCCGUGCACAUUCGCGUCUGCUACGAGAGCCUCUGCUGGGGCACGUACGCGCGCACGUGGGAGGACAGCUGGGCGGUCGUGGACGCGGCCAACCGCCGCAACCUGGGUCUGUGCUUGGAUACCUUCAACAUCGCGGGCGCCGUGUACGCGGAUCCUGCGGCUCCGAGCGGCAAGGCCGUCGACGCCGAGGCCGCCGUCGCUGCGUCCAUGGCCCGUCUGCGGACGACCGUGCCCCGCGAGCGUGUCUUUCUCGUGCAGCUCGUCGACGCCGAGCGGCUGGAUGCACCGCUUGUGCCGGGUCAUGUCCUGUACAGCGCCGAGCAGCCCUCGCGCAUGACCUGGUCGCGCAACUGCAGGCUGUUUUACGGCGAGGAGAAGGCGUACCUGCCGGUACUGCAGAUUGCGCGGACAAUCUUCCAUGGCCUUGGCUACAGCCACGACUGGGUCAGCCUGGAGCUGUUCAACCGGUGUAUGUCAGACACGGGGGCGGGCGUGCCGGAGGCGCUGGCACGGCGGGGUGUUCUGUCCUGGCAGCGUCUGCAGCGGGACCUGGCGGCGAGCAGCGCGGCGGACGUGGCAUCGAGCGAGACGCCCAAGAUCUCGGCGUCAUUGUAA